CCAGCAGCUGAUCGGUAAUCCAGAAGAAGUUUCCCCUCAGUUAGGGGGGAGCUCCACUUUGAAGCAGGAGACUCCACAACCACCCUGCAUUAAAAAGGAAGAGGAGGAACUCUGCAUCACUCAGGAGGGAGAGUGUCUUCUAGGACGAGAGGAAGCUGAUUACACCAAGUUUCCACUGAGUAUUCUCUCUGUGAAGACUGAAGAUGAUGAAGAGAAACCACAAGUAGACAACUUCUUAGCUCCACUAUCAGAUAGUGAGGCUGAAGAUGAGGUUGAAGAACCUUUGAGCAGCGAUACAGACUGUGAAGGUGAUAUGAGGACUCACAUUGACAACAAACACUCUGAAUGCUCUACAAAGAAGAGAGGUAAAACAUGUUUGAGCUGCUCAGUUUGUGCUGAAAGUUUUACUAAAAAGAGCAGUUUGACUCUACACAUGAGAACACACACAGGUGAAAAACCCUUUAAUUGUUCAGUUUGUGGCAACAGCUUUUCUGGAAAUGGCUCAUUGACUCAACACAUGAGAACACACACAGGUGAAAAAACAUUUAAGUGUUCAGUUUGUGGCAACAGCUUUUCUCAAAAUAGAAAGUUGACUCGACACAUGAGAACACACACAGGUAAAAAACCCUUUAAUUGUUCAGUUUGUGACAAAAGCUUUUUUAAUAAGAGCAUUUUGACUCAACACAUUAGAACGCACAGAGGUGAAAAACCCUUCAAUUGUUCAGUUUGUGGCAAAAGCUUUUCUCAAAAUAGCAAUUUGACUCAACACAUGAGAACGCACACAGGUGAAAAAACAUUUAAGUGUUCAGUUUGUGGCAAACGAUUUUUUAAUAAGAGCAUUUUGACUCAACACAUGAGAACACACACAGGUGAAAAACCCUUUAAUUGUUCAGUUUGUGGCAACAGCUUUUCUAUUAAGAGCAUUUUGACUCGACACAUGAGAACACACACAGGUGAAAAAACAUUAAAGUGUUCAGUUUGUGGCAAAAGCUUUUAUUUUAAGAGCAUUUUGACUAAACACAUGAGAACACACACAGGUGAAAAACCCUUCAAUUGUUCAGUUUGUGGCAAAAGCUUUUCUCAAAAUAGCAAUUUGACUCAACACAUGAGAACGCACACAGGUGAAAAAACAUUUAAGUGUUCAGUUUGUGGCAAACGCUUUUUUAAUAAGAGCAUUUUGACUCAACACAUGAGAACACACACAGGUGAAAAACCCUUUAAUUGUUCAGUUUGUGGCAACAGCUUUUCUAUUAAGAGCAUUUUGACUCGACACAUGAGAACACACACAGGUGAAAAAACAUUAAAGUGUUCAGUUUGUGGCAAAAGCUUUUAUUUUAAGAGCAUUUUGACUAAACACAUGAGAACACACACAGGUGAAAAACCAUUUAGUUGUUCAGUUUGUGGCAAAAGCUUUUCUAUUAAGAGCAAUUUGACUCCACACAUGAGAACACACACAGGUGAAAAAACAUUUAAGUGUUCAGUUUGUAGCAAAAGCUUUUCUUUUAAGAGCAGUUUGACUAAACACAUGAGAACACACACAGGUGAAAAACCCUUUAAUUGUUCAGUUUGUGGCAACAGCUUUUCUCAAAAUAGCCAUUUGACUCGACACAUGAGAACACACACAGGAGAAAAAACAUUUACCUGUUCGGUUUGUGGCAAAAGCUUUCCUCAUAACAGCUCUUUGUGGCGACACAUGAGAACACACGCUGGAGAAAAACCAUUUAGUUGUUCAGUGUGCUGUAAAAGGUUCCCACAUAAUGCAGACGCAGUAAAACACAUAAGAACACACAAGGGAAAAUAACCAAUUAGCUGUUUAGUUUGUGGUAUGUUGCUCAUAUGUGGUGACAUCCACCCUACCCAGGACCUCCUCACUGCUUCUUUCACAAAUAUCUGAGGUAUUCAUACAAACUUGGAUUAUUUGGAGCAUAAUCUUAUCCACUCAUGACCCCAUGUCUUCUCUGUAUCUGAAACAUUGCUGAACAGUAAGAUAGAUGAUGCUUCAAGUGCUUGGUUACUCCUUCUUCAGUCCAGGGACCUCAUGUGUCAAGUUUGUGCACGCUCAAAAACCUGCACUACACCCUUUUUCACUGCAAAGUUGAGAUGUAUCAAAACUGACGUUGACGCAUAAGUGAUGCUGGGUAACUGUUUGCAUAACAAACUGCCAACUUUUAUUCCUCAGACUGAUUGAUGUGCAAAUCAGAAACUUAUGAACAAUUAACCCCCAACACCCACAACCCAACCCCCACCUCCCUCGACAUUCGGGCAUAACAGGUUCAAUCCGGCCCGCGAGAUGAGUUUGCAAAGUGUAAAAUUCAGCUGUAUUUUUAAUGAAAGAAACUGCUGUUCUUAAUGUGUCCACUGGAUGUCACAAUAGCAAUUCUGUUAGGCAAGCAAAUAGCAUAGCAAGUAUACCAAGCAAGAGGUAGACGGUAAAGCGGGGCUGUGACUCCUCCCCCUCCACCCAACGUAAAACAGGAGUAAAAUAAGCAAUCAGUAACCCCACUUAAAAUGCAGCAUGAGACACUGCACACUGAUAUAGUUCUGUGAAAAUGAUUGUCUUCUGUGCAAAUGUAAAGAAAGUGAACAGUGUGUGAUUUACUGCAAUACUGUCAG